UGAUAAACUUAUUAAAUAGAAAAUGUUGUUGACUGUGAAGACUAUUAAAAAUGAAACGUUCAAGAUUGAAACUGAGCCAUCUGCUACGGUCAUGGAUUUGAAGAGUAAAAUGAGCAGUGAAAAAGGUUACGAUGCAGCCGCUCUCAAACUCAUCCACAACGGGAAGAUCCUGGACAACGACAGCACAGUGGAGUCAUAUGGCAUCUCGGAGACAGGUUUCAUAGUGGCCAUGCAGUCCCCGCCAGUGAGGAAGGAACCCCCGCCCGAAGAGAUGAAAGAGGAAGCGACCCCCAAUACACCGGCUAAGACCACGACCACCGAGGAGUCACCCGAAGCAGACGAGAAGAAAGAGACUACGACAGUCACACCUCCAACUGAUACCACCAGAACAGAAAGUGCGCCCAAUGCACCCCCACCCACUGCUCCAUCUGCUCCUCCCCCUGACCCCUCUCCCACAACUGACCCAUCAUCAGGAGCCCUGUUCAGUGAGUCCACCUUCCUAACGGGGCCUGCGCUGGAGGAGACGAUAAACAACAUCAAAGCUAUGGGAUUCACCGAAGACAGGAUUAGAAGGGCACUGGUGGUGGGCUACAAUAAUCCAGACAGGGCUGUGGAACUACUCGUUAUGAAUGAUCCGCUCCUGGACCAAGUUGGCAGUUCAGCUCAAGAGCAGGACGAGAGGCCACGUGAGCCCACACCUGGGAUAGCCCUUUCGGGGGAGAGAAGUUCGAGUGAACGAGGAGUUACCCCCGAACAGGGAGAGGAAAUGGAUGACACGUCAGGGGGAGGGGGAGGAGGAGCCGGUGUUUUGCCACCGGGUGGUGAAAUGAGUGACAUGGAUACAUUUGAGUAUCUCACCAGACUCCCUCAAUUCCAGCUAAUCCGCAAUGCAGUCCAGUCCAAUCCAGCCGUUCUUGAGCCCCUGUUGCAGACAUUGCAGACCCAAAACCCAGAACUUUUUGAGCAAAUUAACCAGAACAGAGCCGAAUUUUUCCGAUUGAUUACAAACCCGGCAGCUGGAGGAGCAGCUGAUUCAGGAGAGCAAACAUCAGGAGGCGCAGGAGAGUCAGGGGGCACAAGGGGGUCCAAUCCAGCGCUAGCUGGCUCGGCGGCCGCACUGGCUGGAUUGACAGACAUGUCUGCCACUCCGGGUCCCAAUGAUCCCCGAUUUGUCACUGUCACACUGACUCCCGAAGAACAGGCACAUAUUGAAACGAUCAUCAGCUUCAGUGGUGUCUCAAGACAACAGGCGGUGGAAAUUUUUUUGCUGUGCGACAAAAAUGCAGAGCUGGCCAUCAAUUACAUAAUGGACAACCAAAAUGAUCUCUAAUUCAGUUCAACACCCUGUCCAGACCCAGUUUUCAACGGACAUCUUAUCUUUAUGGACUUUCGUAGAUGGAAGCACUCGAAAUAGUUCUUCCUUGGGCAGACAUGCUAAAGAGCAGACAAUUAGGAAUCAUUGAUUGACUGGUAUCGCUAGUUGUGCCUCGCAUCAUAAUUGAAAAUUUUGUAAGAUUUUCGGUCUCAAAGUCGGAAAAGAAAAGAAUUAGUAUGUAAUUUAAUGUUUUCAACAGCUUUUAGAAAUUGUUUUUCCUGCAUACACGAUAUUUGCUCGAAGGUGUGUCUGCUCAGCUUUGACAGUAAUAUUGGACUGCGAAUGUAUUUAAUUUGUUUAAUUGCUGAUUGGAUAAUUUCUGAUGUAACAUGCUGACUAUAGAAAUGUCUUGGGGCGCGCGGGUCUUUUUGAUUCGACAAAAUACAUUUCCAUAAUCGCAUCCUAAAACUCGAGUUGACUAUGUGUUAUUUAAA